UGUUUGGCAUAUGACCAGAAGAAGCAGCCUACAUUAGCCUCUCUUUCUUUUUGUUACCUUGCUUGUUCCAGAAGUUUAUUUACAACGCAGUAUUUUGUGUGUAGUUAUUGUCAGAUUCAAUUUAAAUUACUUUGCAAGGGCAAGACUAGAUUAUUUUUAGUUCCUCAAACAAUAGCACUUAUCACUUAUCAUAAUCUAUCCAGUUCUCCAUUGUUAUUACUUUGUUCAAUUUUGCUUGCCAAAUUCUUCGGAAUCAUUAAGAGAAUUUCCAAAUUUGUGCUCAAAUCUACUAUAAUUUAAAUAGAAGUUCAAGUAAUGUUUUCUUUAUAGGGUUGUACUGUGAAUUUUUUUCAAUGCUGAGUCCCGAGGUAUGGAACUUUGAUAGUGCAUUGAAAAAUACACACAUAAGCAGUAAAUCAGGAAAUAAAAUAUUCGGACACUGUGAAGAUGUGAUAACUAAUCAUCAUUUAAAUCAUCAUGUCUCAGUUUUGAUACCAGACUGCCAAUCUAUUCCGGAAGAUAUCAGUAAUAUCUUGAAAAUUGACUGUGAAUACUAUCGCGUUCAUCUUCCACUAGAGAGCCUCAUUGAUAAGGAAUUUAUUGACUUAUUUAUCCUAGCUGGAGGUGAGGUUAGUGGCCUGAGCAUUGGACCACGGCUAGACGCUGAUGCUUGUUCGGCCGCCCUCCUUCCGUCCGGCCAUCUUGCUCUGUCGGUGCGCGGCGACCACUUCCGGUCCCUGGGAAUAGAGGGCGUAGCCACGUCGCCAGACCGAUACGUGAGAGCGUGUGGAGUUGUGAGGUGAAGAUGCCGCAAAAGAAACAGCCGAUGGCGCUGGAGAGUCUGGCUCUGGGCGCGGUGCGCACAUGGACCAAAAUGGUGGCCACUCAUAUCAUGGACCCGGUGUGCGAUGCGCUGCAGCAGCAAGGAGUCCACCAGUUUGCGACGCUUCUGAGCACGGCGAUCCUCACCAUCAACGAAGCGCUGUACGCGAGCGUGCCCUGGUACCUCAUCGACAGCGUCGCCGUCCAAGUGCUCUCCAGCAUCGACGAGCUCGUCCAAGAGACUCGCACCGAGUCCACCGAGUCCGAGCAUCGCCUCCACAUGCAACUCUACAUGGCGCGCUUGAAAGUCAUCGUCAGCCUGUCGGAAGCGGUCGCUCACCCCCAACUCCGCACCCUCGAUGUCUCCCGCUGGCCCAAGAUCAUACGACACGUCCUCAACGGCACCCUCUUCAAACUGUCUGGACUGGAGAAACUCGACCUGGGUGGCGGUUCGAGUGGUUGGGGCACUUCGGAGGCCGAGAAAAAUGUUCUAUCGGGCGUAGUAGCUAUGCACAACCUGACCUCCCUCUACCUCUGCCUCGACUGCACUGACAACAUCCUGGCCGCGGUUGCAGCCAACUGUCAUCGCUUACAGUUCCUUGAUGUCACGUCUUCUCGCUCAGUCACCGACAGAAGCAUUCCAGGACUAUGCUCCUGCACUUCUUUGAAAACUCUCAAACUUCAUCGCACCUCGAUAACCACCAAAGGCUACAAAACACUUCUCCUUUCUCUACCUGAGCUUCGAGAAUUCGGCCGCUGUGAUGUGCUGGGAGAUGUGCUGGAAAGCGUGGCUAAAAACAGAAAAACGCCUCUUGGCCUGCAUUCACUGGAAGGUCGCGACCUUGGUGACACAGAGAUGCGACUUCUCACCCUCAUGUGUCCAUUCCUAUCUCGUAUAACCCUCUCACAUUUCGAGAAAGUUUGCGAUCUAUCAUUACUCGGCCAACUGGAGCGUCUUUCCGAGCUCAAACUGUCAUCAUGUGAUUUCUACAGUGAUAAGGUGUUCAGACUGCUUGAGUUGCGAGGCUCAACGAUCACUCAGCUUCACUUGGAAGAUGUCAAUGAAUUAGACAACCAUGCUCUCUUCGCCAUUGGGCGGCAGUGUCCUAACCUCAACAAUUUCGAACUGCACCACUGUGAGCUGGGUGAAGGAGUUCUUUCACCAUAUAUAAAGACUGAUGAUUUGUUUGAAAGCCUGCAGCGACUGGUUUGCAUCUCAGACGGAUCCUCUUCCACUGUUGAAUUGCUACUCUGCUACUCGCCCAACAUCCGUUCGGUGCAGCUCGGCUCAUCUACUGAGGUUUACGACAGAACCUUCUCCACUAUCCUAAACCACAACCCGAUGCGCUUUCUUGAGGAACUGCGCAUCCACUACAGCUACGAUCUGAGCAUGCGCACUGUGCGCAAACUGAUGGACAGCUGUGGCAAUCUGCGUGUUCUGUCCGAGCUAGAGUAUUGGGACGGCAUAACCGAAGCUGAACUCAAAGAAUUUCAUCAUCAUAUCCGAACGAAUAAUCUUGAGCUGGACAUCACACCUACUCUCUCUCGGUGACAAAUAUUUUCUAUCCCUCAACAUGUGAAAUAUGCAUCAACGUCCAAACAAAGCGCUUAUUGGAAAUUGUGCUUAUUUUAUCUGUAAAUUACAAAGUAUAUUUUGUAAAUUGAAUUUGUUUUUGUGCCGUAUAUUUGUGUACUGUGUUUCUUGCCUAUACAGUGUUAUGUAUUUAACUCUGUUUUGUAUGUAAUUUUUACCAAUAAAGAAAAAAUAUAAGCUCUUGGAUUUAUUUGUGUUACAUUAGAUGUGUAUUUUAUGUUAUGUGCAAACUUGUGAUUUUGAAAAAUAGUUUAUCUAUGUGUUGAACUUGAUGAGUUUCGUAAAUUAUCAUGAAAUAUAAUUGUUGACAUCAAUCUAUCUUUCUUGGAAGUAAAGUAGACACAAUUAUUUCAAUUACUUUGAUAUCAUGCUGAGAUUCUACUUCAAAUAAUCAAUGAGGGUUGUUCUGUAACAAUUGUUCAAAAAAAAGAGUACGAUGAUAGGAAACAUGAUAGCUAAUUUCUUGCAUGGUCUAGGGUAGACUCUGGUUCUAGAAUUUGUUUCACAGGAUACUGCAAAAACAAUAAGAUAAUCUAACCCAAAAAUUAUUUCUAAUCUAUAAUUAUAUUAUUUUUGCUCCACGUGUGUGCGUAACGAAUUAUUUAUAAAAUUAUCAAGAGUUUGGUGGGGUUUUAGUCCAGGCAAUGCAUGCUAAAAAAGGGUAUAGAAGGAAAUGUUUGGAAGAUAACUUUUGACCCCGCAGUUCUGUUGAAGGUACCUAGUUAGGAGGUAAACAUAUCAAAAGUAAACAUAUCUACCCCUACCCUCUGUGCUAAGGGGUGGGGGUGAUUGAAAGGUACCAUUUUUUGGUUUAUCGCAUAUAUCGGUAACUUGAAAACUAUGCAUCUUACAGCAAUGAUUUUUCUGUACAAAAUUGAAGAUUACAUAAUUUCCUUAAAUAUUGAACCAAUAACUUUUUCUAUAUGUUUCAUUUUUCGAGAUAUCCGCUCUUGAAGGUGUGAUAUUUUCGAAAAAAAAACUACGUUUGUCUCCAAUUUUCUGCUAUUUUUGAUCCUAACUUUUGACUUUUUCAAAUUCGAUGGAAAAAUUCAUGCUGAUUAUGAGCUCAUAGAGCAUCAAAUUCUUUUCAAUUUGAUGUACAAUUUCACAAGUUCAAGAAGGGCAUUUUCACACGACUGUUGCAGCAGCUUUAGUGAUGAGUGUGAAAUCUUCCGUUUUGCAACAAUAUACCAAUUGACAAGGAAUUUGAAGGAAAUGUUUUAAACAAAAUUUUUGACUUUGUAGCUUUGUCGGAACCAGUUAGGAGGUGAACAUAUCAGAAGUCCCCACCCCUAGUGCUAAAGGGAUGAUGGUGAUAUAGAAGUUGCAUUUUUCUUUUUUUGCUUAACGCUUAUACGAUCUUGGGAAAAUUGCGUUCAAUCGACAUGACUAAAUAAUAUGAUACAUAAGUAUGACAAUAAUAGGAUACAUAAGAUUAUGUUUUAGGUUACCGGUUAUGAUUAACACGUUUCUUAUUAACAGUCACAGCUUCUCAUGAUACGAGCUAUUUCCAUAGCUAAAUGGAGAUACUCGUUGCUACUUGCAGAUAAUUUACUACAGAAAAUGAUUAUGCUUGCAACGGUUUUCGCAGGUAUUGUCAUUGAUUUGAAGAAACCGUGCUUCGAACCUGGUAAAAGCAACUAUGAUCGCACUAAGAGGAGUCUGUCAAAAUUCAAUCCAGUCAACUUGGAAUUUAUAAUCGCAUGGGAAACUCAUGAUGAGAAAAUUUGCCCAUCAACGAUAGCGAAGUAUUUUAGUGAUAAGGGUUAUACAGUGCAACAGUGUGAGCCACAUUUCAAGUACAGAGUUGAUAAAGGCAUUCCUGUACCUGAACUCGGAGAGACGCCACAACAAGAACUGUUGGAAUGGCUUGGUGCUCACAGCCUCGGUGUUUUCAGGAAAGACAACUCAUUUACAUCAGUAGAAACGUCGGAAUACUUGAGCUCCUAUGCUGCUCCCAACGAUUGCACGAAAUCUGAAAAGACGGUUCUAUUCCAAUGGACUGGAUUUUUCACUAGGAAAAAAAUAUUGGAUCUUUUCAAAAGACUGAGGCUUUAUUCAGCAGAAAGACUCACGGGAAAAUCCUGGGUAAGCUUAACCGUUCAAGGGUUUAUGGAUUCACCUGUGGCUUGGAAAAGUAAACCUCACGGCCUCUACAGGAAUUCUGAUGAACAGUAUACAAUUUUCAUAGAGAAGGAAAAUUUAGUAUGCAUGGCAGUUGUACCUUCAAAUGGAAAAGUCAAAUAAACACCGAAUGACACUGAAGGAUCACAGACUAAAGUAAAACAAUCAAUUAAAUUACUUGAAGAUUUGAAAAAUAAGUAGAGCAUUUAAAGCCAAUGUAACUUACGUCCUGGGCGAAUUUUGUAUUCAAUUACAUAGUAUUAUUUCCCAAUUAUUUCUGUAAUUUGAAGUUUUGUACUACCCUUAUUCCAUUUUGUACAAAAAUACAACUUUUUUACCGAACUGAAA